CUAAAUUAAAUUCAAAUUCUCUCUUUUCCACGAAGACACGUACUGAGAAUGCCAUUGUCAAGAAAAUAAUCAAUUCCGAGCUGCACGAAAAUCUUCAAAGUUAGAUAGGCCUGUAGCUUCAAAAUUUUAAGACCGCCAACCGCCACCCACCUACAAGUUUACCAACUCACACGUUGCUUACAUAUCCUUUUGUUCAGUUUUUAUAGUUAGUGCGCCCUAAAAGGAAAUUCAAGGGGGGACCAAAUAUUUUGUUUUACCCCUUCGUUUCUUAUUUUUCGUGACUCUGCUUAUUGCGAAUAGUCUCAAAUUUUAAGUUUUCAUGCAAACAAAUAGCUCGCUGAUACCCCUGCGAGUUUCCUGCUCUUUUUCUUCUUCUUUUAUCCCUUUUGAUUUCGUACUGCCAUUCCAUAUUUGUCCAUCUUAAAAUAGGCUCACGUUGGGGCUAGAACAGACAGCAGCUUUAAAACGUUCAUCAUUUUAUUCCAUGUUUUUAACUUUUUGAGACUUUUCCCCUCGUACAGUCUUUUUAUUCCCGUUACUGCACAUUAACUACAAGAUGGAUGAUGAGGAUUUAUUGCUAGAAGAUCUUCAAUUUAAGGCAGCUAAACUGUUAAUUUACUUAAGAGAAGUCGACAAUGCAACAAACAAAAUUCAACAAAGGGUGAAGAAAGGGGUGGAUGAAAUGUUAAAUUCUUUCUUGGAUGUCUUGAAGAGCAAGUUCACUUCCAAGUGUGGACCUGAUGAUGCAUUGUCCCAAGAGCAAAUUCUUGAUGUGAUUGAAGAUCUCAAGGAUCAAUCCUUAUUUGAAGGUCUAAAAUCCUUUGAAAAUUAUAAAGAUUAUUUACACACUGAAGGAGGUCUAGUGGAGCCUAUUAAAAUUGUGACUUAUCAGAAAGAGGUGUUAAAAGGAGAUACUAUUCAACUUGUAGAUGUUGAUUACGGCUAUGUUGUGCCAUUCUUACCUGCCCUUGGUAAGAUUCUGGAGCAACCUGAGGUGCUGCAUUGUGUCAAUAACCCACAGCCAACGACAGAAGGAGUUUUCAAAUCACCUCUUGAUGGAUAUGUGUAUCAAAAUCAUCCAGUUGUGAGGGAGCAUCCGAAAGCACUAGCCAUUCAAUUGUAUUUAGAUGGUGUUGAGCACACUGACAGUGCCAGCAGUAAAAGUGGUGAACAUGGCUUAACGUACAUCUACUGGAAUUUGUUAAAUAUUUAUCCAGAGUUACGGUCAACCACUAAAGCCACUAGCUUGUAUGCUGUAGUCAAAACUUCUGUUUUAAAAAAGUAUGGGCUUAGCAGAUUUCUUCAAGAUUUUGUUGCUGGCAUCAAUGCAUUGUCAAGCACUGGUGUAGUCUUUGAAACAAUUAAUGGUGAGCCUUUCUUUGGCAUAUUUCUAUUCAGCUCAGGAGACAAUCCAGCCUCAGCAAACCUUGGUGGCUUCAAAGAAUCACACUUUGCCAAUUUGCUGUGCAGGCAGUGCCUUGUUACCAAAGAUGAUCUUUAUAGAAUAUUUGAAGAGAGUCAGCUUCCAAUGCGAACAAAAGCUUCACAUGACCUCCAUGUUACUGAAAUAGAAGAGUACAGGACAAAUCGUCCUCCUGUAGGUGAAGACCCCUCCGUGAAAUAUGGUGUAAAUGAAAGAAGUGUCUUGAUGGAUAUAAACUUGUGUGACAUCACAAAAUGUUUACCGCAAGAUUUAAUGCACGACAUUAUUUUGGGCACUCUGAAACAAGAAAUUUGGCUUUUAUUACAUCACGUCAUAGUUGAGAAAAAGGCCUUGCCUAUAUCUGUCAUUAAUCUAAGGAUCCAGCAGUAUUCCAAAUUCUGUGGAGUAAACAAGCCAUCGCCUUUAAAAAUGUCUUAUCUGGAAGAGGGAGGUUCUUUGCGUGGCACUGCAGCAGAAACAUUAAAUUUAGCACAGAUACUUCCUUUUGUACUAAGAAAGAAAAACUUUUUGACAAGACAGUUGGAGUCAGUUUGUAAUCCCAGAAAUCUAGAUUGCUACAUUUUGAGGCUUAGAUUACUAGAUUAUUUGAUGUCUGAGGAGUUCACAGUGGGUGAUGUCAACAAACUGAGAAUUCUUCUGAGAGAACAUCACUUACUUUUUCAAGAACUGUAUCCAGGACAUAACAUUCCAAAGUUCCAUUACGAACUCCAUAUUCCAACCCACAUUUUGUUGUAUGGGCCUCCUAGACAGCAGUGGUGCUUCAGGUUUGAGGCAAAGCAUGCAUUCUUCAAGCGCCUGUGGCGCAUAACAAGAUGUUUAAAGAACCAUAGUUACACAUUGUCUAUGAGACACCAGACUUGGCAGGCUAGCCUCAUGCUCCUAAGUAAAAAAGGAGCCACUGGGCCCUUUCUCAGUUCUGCUGUACUUUGUGGUGCUUCUGUUCAAGUAAAUCUAGGCACAUGCAAGCAUAGAGUUCUCCUGGAAAAUGCCUUUCCAGAAGCAGGCAUAAAUGAAAAUGUUUUGCAGCACACCUUUGCAAAAGUUCAUGGAGAAAAAUACUGCAAAAAAUCAGCUAUUAUAACUUCAUUUGACCCACUUCCUUCCUUUGGACAGAUAGUUGAAGUGUACUCCUUUUUAAAUGAAGUUGUGUUUGUCUACAAGACUUUGACGCGUAUUCAAUAUGUCAAGGAAUUGAAUGCCUUCAAAGUCCAGUUCACAAGGGACAGCAACCUGAUUUUUUCAUCAAGAAUGCCUUAUCGCCAUACAUUGCCAUUUUUUAGGGCAGUGGGGGCAAACUUCAUCAUUGUACCCUGCAAAUACUUUGAUGUCUAAUUUACAGAAAUUUGUUACUUUAUUACCUGGGGCUUCCAUAUGCUGUGCAUUCAAGAUAAUAAAGUAAAUGUUCGGUAUCAUGAAAUUUUCUUCAAAUUCUAAGACUCUUAUAACUGCGACCUGUGUAUAUGACAAUCUAACUCUGUGAUGAUAAGACUGCUUUAUUGCACCUUUGAGACAACAGAAAAUGUGCAAUUGACAGUAAAUUUUUCUAAUGUUUUACUUAAAGAAAAAUCUAAUUCUUAAGUCUAAAAUAAAGCUGAAGAUUUAUGUAUCUCUGUACAUGCAGAUCUAAAUUUGUGACAAUCUCUUGCUUCACCUUUCAAUUAAUACUAAAUU